UCCACAUCGUCGCUUCGAUGCUUGGCCACUGCUUUGUCGAUGCCCUCGGACUAAGCUCUUCCUGUCUUCUCUUCGCCUGGCCUUCUCGCCGUCGAUAGCAACUCGAUUUGACUUGACUUGCUUGACUGGGGGGGCUUGACUCUAUCUCGCCUGUCGUUGGUGGUUUUUUUAUCUGAUCUGGUCUGGACACUCGUCAUAGUCGUCACCUGCGAGCCGCCGCUUGCUCACUCACUCCAGACCGUGCAACUCUACUCGUUCUGCUACAGAGGGAACGUUCAAGGCGAUUCGCAUACACGAUGGAUGAGGAUCAAGGCCCGUCGCAAAUCGUCCCCGGGACGGCUCCCAAGAGGACAAUGGGAGAUCGCGUCCGUGGUGCCAGGAACAGGUUCUUCACCAAGGACGGUCUAGUUGGCGACUACGAUUACGCCCAUCUGUUCCGGCCCAGCCUACCAUUCAUGAAGAAGAGCCGGAGGGCCGCCCCUUUCUUCGGCCUCAACGACCGAAUGCCCACCCUCCUGGCCCUGUUGCUGGGGUUCCAGCAUGCUCUCGCCAUGUUGGCCGGCAUCAUCACGCCGCCCAUCCUGCUGAGCGGCGCUGCCGGCGCCAACCUGACCGGCGAGACGCAGCAGUACCUCGUCUCGACGGCCCUGAUCGUCUCCGGCCUCCUGUCCUUGAUCCAGAUCACCAGGUUCCACAUCCUGAAGACUCCCUACUACAUCGGCACCGGCCUGAUCUCCGUCGUCGGCAUCUCCUUUUCCAUCAUCCCCGUCGCCCAGGGUGCGCUGGCUCAGAUGUAUGCCAACGGCUUCUGCCCAACCGACGCCCAGGGGAACAAGCUCCCUUGCCCUGAUGGCUAUGGAGCCAUCAUCGGCUCCAGUGCUCUCUGCGCCCUCAUUGAGAUUGUCAUCUCCUUCAUGCCGCCCAACAUCAUGCUACGCGUCUUCCCGCCCAUCGUGACUGGCCCAACUGUCAUGCUUAUCGGCAUUAAUUUGAUCGGGAGCGGUUUCCAGAACUGGAUGGGCGGCUCCGGCCCCUGCGCGAAUCCCACCUCCGACUUCUUCGCCCGGUGCCCCAACAUCGGCGCGCCUCACGCUCUCCCGUGGGGUUCUGCCGAGUACCUGGGUCUGGGCUUCUCCGUCUUCAUCACCAUCAUCCUCUGUGAGCGGUUCGGCGCCCCAAUCAUGAAGUCGACCUCCGUUGUCAUCGGCCUCCUCGUUGGAUGCAUCAUCGCCGCCGCCUGCGGGUACUUUGACCGCUCCGGCAUCGACAGCGCCCCUGCCGUCUCCUUCAUCUGGGUGCAGACCUUCAAACUCUCCCUCUACGGCCCGCUCAUCUUGCCUUUGCUAGCCGUGUACAUCAUCUGUGCCACCGAGGCCAUUGGGGACAUCACGGCGACCUGCGAUGUGUCACGCCUCGAGGUCGAGGGCCGUCUGUUCGAGUCUCGCGUACAAGGCGGCGUGCUUGCCGACGGCAUCAAUGGUGUUCUCGCCGCUCUCAUGACUAUUACCCCCAUGACAACUUUUGCUCAAAACAACGGUGUCAUUGCUCUCACUCGUUGCGCCAACCGCAGCGCUGGCUACUGCUGCUGCUUCUUUCUCAUCGUCAUGGGAAUCUUUUCCAAGUUUGCCGCCUCGCUCGUCGCCAUCCCCUCCGCCGUCUUGGGCGGCAUGACGUCCUUCCUCUUCACCGCAGUAGCCGUCUCCGGCAUGGCCAUCGUUACAAAGGGCGUACCCUUCAACCGCCGCAAUCGAUUCAUCCUCACGGCCGGUCUGACGCUCGGCUACGGCGCCACGCUGGUGCCGACCUACUUCGAUCAUGUCUUCACCUACGCCGGCGACAACCGCGGUCUCCGGGGGUUCCUCGACGCCAUCGUACUCAUCAUGGAGACGGGCUUCGCCAUCACGGCGUUCGUGUGCAUGGCCCUCAAUCUCCUUCUCGACCAAGAGAUUGAGGACACGGAUGGCCAUACCCUUGUCCCUGCAACCGGCGCCAUCCCGUCCAAGGACGUCAGCGGCGGAGACAGUGCCCGUGGGGCGGAUUCGGAGGAUAUUCAACCUGUUGGCCAUAAUGGCGGUGGCAAGGGUGGGGAAAAGCUGUCAUGAGGAGUCCAGGCUGCCGAGUGUUAUGAUGUGGGCUUGAUAUAAUUUGACGAAAAGUGUUUUGGGUUUGCAAGUGCUCCCGUGUACAUGAUAUGUCCAUGCCCUUCAGGGCACCCCUCACUUUGCUGUAGCUCCUUUGUUGGACUUUAUGAAUGCCGUGAAGUAAAGACUCA